AUGUUGUUGACGAGACCUUUGAACCAUCAUCACUUCCAGCAACACCAGCAGCCGCUUGACCAGCUCAACCACAGCGGCCUCAACGUCAACGACCACGCCACUCCCAACAGCAGCAUAUACUACAACCAACACGGCAGCGACCUCUUCCCGUCGGUCAACAAUCUCGACCUUGACCUGUCCGGCUACGACGCGGCCCUCGACGCCGACUCGCCGCCUCCUUUGACGAGGAGCACCGACGACGGGAUGCACGACGCCUCCAGCUGGCUGCCACAGCAAACAAAGCCUGCCAGCCGCUACUCGCAGCCCAUAUCCCACCACCGCGACUCGUCCCUGGGCUCCUUCUCGGCCUCUGGCACCGUCUCGGGCCCUGCCUCGCCCGCGUCGCCCGCCUUCACCAACUACACGCCGACGCCGCAGAUCGCAGUGACGGACGAUGGACACUCGAUGGCCGCGCACGGCGCCGUCAGCGACUACUACCAGCUGGCAAAGCCCUUUGGCUCGGGCCACGACACCUUCUACCCCAGCUACCCGACGUACCAGCACCAGCCGGACACGAGCGCACAAUACUCGAACCUGCUGGCCGCCGCGCAGCUCUCAAAACCCAGAAACUCCCAGCCGGGGCUCCUGCCACCACCGGAGCUGUCGGCGUCGUCCUCACGGUCGCGCCCAGUGUCGGUGGCGAGUUCGGUCGUCUCGGCUGACUCACCGGCCACGCCAGCCCCGGGGGAGCCUGAAGAGAGGAGAAGCAAGAAUGUCGGGCUCAGCAGCGCGCCCAAGUUCGAGAGGACGAUAACGGACGUGUUCAACGACGAGCUGUUCCAUCCCGUAAACUUCACCAUGGAGGCAUCCUCGCCGUCGCAGGCCCAGUCUCCGCCGCAGGCAGCCUCGCCCACAAGCGAGCUCUUCGCACGGACGCUCCAUGCCGCAAACAGUCAGCACAUGUCGCCAGGAACGGGCGGCGUGUCGCGCGACCGGUCCCCCUUCAGGAACGGCUCACCACUGGCACCGGCCCCACUACACGACUUUGGGACCAUGACCCAGCAGCCCCAGCCGCAGCAGCAGCCCCAACAACAACAACAACAACAGCAGCAGCAGCAGCAGCAGCAACAGCAAAUAUUAAUGGGCUUCAACACAGCCCAGCAGAUGCGCGAGCAUGUCAAGGCCGAUCAUGACGCCGAGGCUAUGCGGCAGCAAAUGCAGGGGCCUGUUCACUCGCGGGCCACCCCGGUGACCGUUUCCCCAAAGGACGUGGCGCUCGACUUCCCCGAGGCGGACAGCGACGUCAACAACUUCCCGUUGUUCCCCCAGCCCUCUGCUUCAACCAGCGGCUUCUCUGCCGCCGAGGAGCAGAUCAGCAAGGCGGUGGCAGCCAUAGGGAACGGGAUCCCGCUCGACUUCUACAGCCAAAUACCACAACAGUAUCCCUUUGUGGCCGUUGGGCAGGUGCCGAUGCAGCAGCAGCAGCAGCAGCAGCAGCACGGCGCGGGCUCGAUGACGCCCUUGAGGCAAGAUCUGGCACGGGCGACGUCGUCGGCGCCCAGCCAAACUAGCAGCAGCAUCGGGCAGCAGCAACAACAGCAGCAUCACCACCACCACCAGCAGCACAGCCACAGCCACAGCCCCAUGGUCAACAGCCCGCAACGGCCGGCAAACACCAGGGCGGACGGUGGCACCUACUCGUGUACAUACCACGGGUGCACCCUGCGCUUCGAGACGCCGGCGCUGCUGCAGAAGCACAAGCGCGAGGGCCACCGGCAGGGGCUGGGCGCCAGCGGACGCAAGCCCGACGGCGGCGACAUGGCCGUGAUGGGCCAGCAAGGCAUGACGUCGAGCCUGCUCAACACUCAGCAGGGCCCGCACCGCUGCGACAGGAUAAACCCGUCGACCAACAAGCCGUGCGCCACCAUCUUCUCGCGGCCGUACGACCUAACCAGGCACGAGGACACGAUACACAACGGGCGCAAGCAGAAGGUGCGGUGCCAGAUCUGUACGGGCGAGGAGAAGACGUUUAGCCGCGCCGACGCGCUGACACGGCACUACCGAGUCGUUCACCCAGACCUGGAGGUGCCGGGCAAGCACCGGCGGAGGGCCAUGGCCAGCCAGCACCACUGA